UAGAGCCGGGGUUUCGCCAUGUUGCCCAGGCUGAUCAAGAACUCCUGGGCUUAAGCAAUCUGCCCGCCUUGGCCUCCCAAAGCGCUGGCAUUACGGAUGACAAAGAAUUUUAGCUCCAAGUGUUCUUUAGGCCCAUCACUUCUAGAGGUUGGUCAGAUAUUAAUGGUGUGAAAUGUAAAGAAAGUCAUUGAUAACAAUUAAUAUGUGGUGAGCGCUUAAGAUUUGCCAGUCGUUAUUCUAAGCCAUUUUACAUGAAUCAUCUCAUUUAAUCUUCACAACAACUCUAGGUCCUUUUAUCCUCAUUUGACAGAUAAGGAAACUGAGACUCACGGAGGUUAAGUAAAUUGCCUAAGGUUACACAGCCAGUAAACUCGAAGGGUUAGACCUGAACUCAGAUUUGCCAGCCUCCAAAGGCUUUCAGACUCCUAACCGUAACGCUAAUAUACAGCAAAUAGUCUUUAGUUGUGGAUUUUCUCACUAGCAUAACAGCAUUGAUCAGGCCAUAUUCUAGCAAGUGAUUUUCAAAUAUGAAGUGAUAGAGAUAACAUACAAAGGCCAGGCAAUUUUAAGCAAAUGCUCUUACAGGUGUACUAGGACAGAGCCUUAAAACCAUUGACUCCUUCUAAACAUGGAGUUCAGACAUUCAAAUACAUUUACCUAGUAAAGUUCUAAUAGGAAAGGAGUUAUUUUAGGGCUAGUAUAAGUCCAUCCAUGUAUUCCCAGUGUCAACUGUGCUCGACGUAGUAAGUGUGGAAUCAACGUCUAGUGACCGGUUAGAUGACCCGCAUAGUGGAUCUUUUCAAAUCUCACAUGGAGGAUCUCAUACAAAAACAUCAAGAACAUUACAGCAAGCCCUGACAAUAAUUUUUUUAAAAUAACAGUCUAUUUCCAGGGUAAACAAUUACUUUGUCACGCCGCUGCUUAGGGGCUCGGAGAACCUGCUUCUGAUGUGAGUCCAGGUUGAGGAACACUUCGCCACUUGAGAACCCAAGUCAAGUCCAGAAAUCCAGGACCACAGCAAUACUCCAGCCCAGGGUUGCAGGGCAGCCUCUUUACCAGCCGGGCGACCCAUUUCUAUCUUGGCGCCGGCGAAGCGCCGGUUUGGGCGGGCGACCGCUCUCAGCCUGAACAGUGGGUGGGCCGGCAAUGACAAUGCAGGAAUUCCGCGUAGGCUGCAGGGUUUGGGGACCUGUCUGAAGGGUGGGAGGGAGCACUUUUCACCUGACACACCCAACCCCCCUGCUGCAGCCCAGGACCGCGGAUGAGCGGAAGGAAAGCGCUUCAGUACUGUCAGAUCACUGGACUUCAGCUGCAGCAUAGCGGCCCACGCCGCCGCCAGCGUACGCUCAGCCCCUCCGCGCCGGCCAGGCAGCCACGCACGCGCAGUCCGUUCUCGCUAGCUCCUUCAGUCCCGGCCCGGCCCCGGGGCCCCGCCCCCGCAGGCCCCGCCCCGCUCCCGUGCGCUGAACGCCCCAUAUCCGGGUUCCCGCCGCCUCCACCGCCGCCGCCUCAGCCGCCUCGCACAUUUAGUCUUGCCGGGAGUGGUGUGAUUCCCGACCAAGAUGGCGGCCGUGGGGCGAGUCGGCUCCUUCGGUUCUUCUCCGCCGGGAUUAUCCUCGACUUACACUGGCGGCCCCCUGGGCAACGAGAUAGCGUCGGGCAACGGUGGCGCCGCGGCAGGCGACGACGAGGACGGGCAGAACCUUUGGUCCUGCAUCCUCAGCGAGGUCUCCACCCGCUCGCGCUCCAAGCUCCCUGCGGGGAAGAACGUGCUACUGCUGGGUGAAGAUGGAGCUGGAAAAACAAGCUUAAUAAGAAAAAUUCAGGGAAUAGAGGAGUAUAAGAAAGGAAGAGGACUGGAAUAUUUGUACUUAAAUGUGCAUGAUGAAGACAGGGAUGAUCAAACAAGAUGUAAUGUAUGGAUCUUAGAUGGAGACCUAUAUCACAAAGGCCUCCUUAAAUUUUCACUGGAUGCCAUAUCUCUGAAGGAUACUCUAGUUAUGCUGGUUGUUGACAUGUCAAAGCCUUGGACUGCUUUGGAUUCUUUACAGAAAUGGGCAAGUGUUGUUAGAGAACAUGUUGACAAACUGAAAAUCCCUCCUGAAGAAAUGAAACAAAUGGAACAAAAGUUGAUUAGAGACUUCCAAGAAUAUGUAGAGCCAGGAGAAGACUUCCCGGCUUCUCCCCAGAGAAGAAAUACUGCGUCACAAGAAGACAAAGAUGACAGCGUAGUUUUACCUCUGGGUGCGGAUACACUUACACAUAACUUGGGCAUUCCAGUACUAGUAGUUUGCACAAAGUGUGAUGCCAUUAGUGUAUUGGAGAAAGAACAUGACUACAGAGAUGAACAUUUUGAUUUUAUUCAGUCACAUAUCCGGAAGUUUUGUUUACAGUAUGGUGCAGCACUUAUUUACACUUCAGUAAAAGAAAACAAAAAUAUAGACUUAGUAUAUAAAUACAUCGUUCAGAAACUGUAUGGAUUUCCCUAUAAGAUUCCUGCUGUUGUUGUGGAAAAGGAUGCAGUAUUUAUUCCAGCAGGGUGGGAUAAUGAUAAGAAAAUAGGAAUAUUACAUGAAAAUUUUCAAACAUUAAAAGCAGAAGAUAAUUUUGAAGACAUCAUAACUAAACCACCUGUUCGAAAGUUUGUACAUGAGAAGGAAAUUAUGGCAGAAGAUGAUCAGGUGUUUCUUAUGAAGCUACAGUCCCUUUUAGCAAAGCAACCACCAACUGCAGCUGGAAGGCCUGUGGAUGCCUCACCAAGAGUCCCAGGAGGCUCCCCGCGAACACCAAAUAGAUCUGUAUCAUCUAAUGUUGCCAGCGUGUCACCCAUUCCUGCUGGGUCAAAAAAAAUUGAUCCAAACAUGAAAGCUGGAGCUACAAGUGAAGGCGUUCUGGCAAAUUUCUUCAACAGUUUGUUGAGUAAAAAGACUGGCUCUCCAGGAGGCCCUGGUGUGAGUGGUGGUAGCCCUGCAGGUGGGGCUGGAGGUGGAAGCAGUGGUUUACCACCAUCCGCCAAAAAGUCAGGCCAGAAGCCUGUCUUAGAUGUUCAUGCGGAACUAGACAGAAUUACACGAAAACCAGUUACAGUUUCUCCCACAACACCUACAUCUCCUACGGAAGGAGAAGCUUCUUGAAGAUACCAAAUAAAGCCAUUUAUUCAGUUUUCUGGGAUAAUGUAAACAUGCCUCUGCCUUUUCCUUCAAAAGUGGAAUUAGAAAGCUGGAGUGCUUCUUCAGAUGGACUAAAUUUAUGUCGUGUGUGUGUGUGUGUGUGUGUGUGGUUACCCAUUUUUUAGAAGGAGCUAUACAGAAGAAAAAUUAUUCUACAUUAUGUAGGAUUGCUGUUUGCAUUGCCAUUUUGCAUAAGAAAGUAAUUUUUGAUUUUGAAAAUCUCAAAACUUUUAGAUCUGAAAUACAACCAUGUGAUCGAUCAUAUUCUAAAGGCUAUUUAAAAUAUGUAAAAGGAUUUAGGGGAAGGGCAGAAAACAUGCAAUUUGGGCAUUUGACUGACUUGGAAGUCUAAGCUUAUUUUAGUUACAACUAUUAAAAUCAUUUUUCAAAAUUUGUUAGUUUUGCUGACAGAGAAAAAUCAUCAGUUGUCAGAUUUUGCACACCAAAAUAAAUGUACCACCACACACGGAAUAUGCUAAGAAAACUAUCAGAUAGCGUUUGAUACAGUAGUCAUUGUCUCAAUCACUGAUCCUGUAAGUUGUCAUCAAAAUAUUAUUUAGAAAUAUUGGCCAAGGUGUUUAACUGAGAAGAAAAGAAAGCACACUGCCUAAAUGUGUAAAAGAAAAAUGCAGAGGUUAUUAAAAUGUAAAGAGGUAACAAUCUUUGGAUUUGUCUAUACAUAUAUAUAUAUAUAUGGCUUUGCCUUAAUAUACCCCCUUUUUUGUUUGUGACUUUCAACUGUAAUCAGUUAAUAAAGUAUUUAUUCUCUGCAUUCAGGUUCAAA